UCUUAACGAUCAGUCCACUGCGGGACUGAAAGCAUGUGAAGUGUUGCCAUAUGUAAAGAGUUCUGCACUUCGCCACCUGUAGCCUAUUUCAAACGCCAUAAACGUUGCCACUAAAAUAGAUUAUCUCUUUUCCGUUAAUUUAUAACUAACAUCAUCUACCGUAAGAUAUCUUGCUCUCGUGCUAUCCUUUUCCUUUUGGUUCGGUUUACUUAAACGCGUGGAUACUAGCUAAAUUUGGAAAUUCAUUUUACCUUUCGAAAUCUGCAAAAAAAUGACUCAAAACGGCUUAACAUCUGUGCUGAAACAUGAGACCAUAUGGAUGGAUGCACAUAGGUAUCAAGAUGCUGAAAGACAGUACCAGGAAUAUUGUGCUAAACGUUCAAGCAGUGAUGUGUCAUCAGUAAAGUCCCAUGUUAGGUCCCACCAUGCGUCUCAUGUUGAAGGGAAGCCAGUAUCCUCACUUGUUUCCGACAUUGUUAACGCUCGUGAGAAAAUUAAAAAUAUACUCUCAGGUGAUGUUAAAGAAACUAAUAAUUCUGAAAUUGUACAACGAUUACAAAAGCUUUCAGAUGAAAACAAAGAAAUGAGAAAGACAAUGUCUGAAAUGUCUUCUAAGAUUAAGAUUCUAGAAGAUAUUAUGAGGGAAAUAACUCUUUCAAAAGGUGAUAUCAAGGUUGCAAAACCAGAAAGUGUAAAACCUUUAAAUGCUGCAAAACAAAAUGGUCCAUCUGCUGCAGAUGAUGAUGAUGUGGAUCUUUUUGGAUCUGAUGAAGAAAAUGAAGAUGAUGCACGUAUAAGAGAAGAGCGGCUGAAGGCCUAUGAAAAUAAGAAAUCAAAAAAGCCUGCUUUAAUUGCCAAAUCUAGUGUAGUACUAGAUGUAAAGCCAUGGGAUGAUGAAACAGAUAUGAAAGCAUUAGAAGAAGCAGUCAGGUCUAUAUCUACUGAAGGAUUAAAGUGGGGUGCUGGCAAACUUGUUCCUUUGGCUUAUGGAAUAAAGAAGUUACAAUUAGUUGCAAUCGUUGAGGAUGAUAAAGUUAGUAUUGACUGGUUGCAAGAAGCUAUUCAAGAACAUGAAGACUUGGUGCAAAGUGUGGACAUAGCUGCCUUUAAUAAAUUGUGAUUUAAUUUAAGCUUGUAGAUUUUGAAUCAAUAAAAUAAUUUUUCAUAA